AUGUCACAGCAAUGUGGUGUUUUGUUUGCAGCAUCAGGUGAGAGGGCCGUCAUAAAAGGGAAUUUAACCUUACGCUCUCAGAAGAACUGCGAUGGCGAUGGAAGGUGGGACUUGAAACAGGGUGAGAAAUUUGACCCCAUCAUCACGUGCAGGCGAGGGGAAUGUGUUGUGGGAGCUCGCUUUCUGAACAGAGUCCGGUCACGCCGCAGUGAACUCCACAUCAACCCAGUGAAGUUUGGAGAUGAGGGCAAGUACAUUCAUGGCUGCAACAAGGUCAAUGGGAUCUGGAGUGUUUAUGUACAUCUUGAGCCUCACAGGAGCACUGCUGUCAUCACUGCUGGCAACAACCUCACCAUAGACCUGUGUAGCCUGGAUCAGGUGAAGCUCAACUUCACCCAGAGUGGCAGCUCUGUGCCAGAGACGCUCUUCAUCAUUGACAACGGCCAAGCAUUCGGCACUACAAAAGCUAUAGGUGGCAUCGCUGUGCAUGCACAGAAUGACACUGCUGUGCUCUCCAACAUGGUGCAGGACGGGACCGUCUCAGUCAUAGACAGCAAGACUGACAAGAUGCUCUGUGAAGUCACCUUCCGAGUCACUGGAUCAGGUAAUGAAGGAGAACAAGUAAAAGCAUCACCCGACCGCUGGUGCGAGCUACUACUCUACGGCCUGAUCAUCAUUUGUCUUUUUGUCAUCGUGUAUAUACUCUAUGACAAACACAAGGUCAUCAUGUGGCUACUGAGGAAGAGGUGUGAGGGGAAGCCGCCCAUUUCCCUGGAAGACAACAAGGAGGAGGGCAUGGCCAAGGUGAUUCUUCACGAUGAAGGCAGCUUGGAAAAACCUGAGAAUGGGAUUGAGGAGGUCGUCUGAUUCACCAGCACCGUCAAAGGCUUCCAUUGGUAAACAUAAGAUGUAUACUACGUCAUAGCACUCUAAUGUGAAGAAUUAUGUCUAAUAUGUCUAUUUGGUAUUAUGCGUUUACAGUAUACAGUAUAUAGGCCUAGGUUAAUUUAUGUUAUUAUCAUGGCAUUAUUUUGUUAAUGAACAAUGUUAUAUGUUUUGUAUAUGUGCCUUUGCAUCAGUGUUUCCCAAAUGUAUUUUCCAGUUGAUUUUGUCAUACCAUGAGUCCUUGUUCAUUCUCUAUAUUCCAAAAUGACUGUGCUUCAUACAUUUGUUAAUUUUCCAGUGUUCAUUUUUUUGCUGUGUGCUUGCAUACCCCUAGUGGUACACGUACCCCUGGUUGGGAGGCACUGCUUUACAUGGUCCAUGUUACGUGUCCUGCAGCACAGCAUUAAUGUCUAUGUUUCAGAGAGCUGCUGUGACUGCAAUGUUUUCCUGGUCUGUUUGAUGUUUGAUGUUGCCAAACUUGUAUGAACUACACAAACGAUCUACACUACUGAAAAGUA